UACUAUUCUGGGAUAGGAGCACUGGGAAAGCACAUGACCGACGCGCGGUGAUGACAAUCACCAACGCCUAGCCACCUUCUCAUUUGCAGUUCUGUGCGCGGUCUGUAAAGAUCCGAAACCAAGAAGUCUGCCAUAUUCUUCGAGGAAAUAUUUAAAAGUAAUUAAAUACAAACAUGUCUCUCGCCGAUCCAGUUGCUUUUAUGAAAGAUUUCCUCGCUGGAGGUAUCUCAGCCGCUAUUUCGAAAACAUGUGUAGCUCCAAUCGAACGUGUAAAAUUGCUUUUGCAAGUACAACACAUUUCCAAACAAAUUUCUGCUGAUCAACGUUAUAAGGGUAUGGUAGAUUGCUUUGUACGUAUUCCUAAAGAACAAGGUGUACUUGCAUACUGGCGUGGUAACACCGCUAACGUCAUCCGUUAUUUCCCUACACAAGCACUUAACUUUGCCUUCAAAGACAAAUACAAGCAGAUCUUCUUGAGUGGCGUAGACAAAAAAACACAGUUCUGGCGUUACUUCUUAGGAAACUUAGCUUCUGGUGGUGCUGCCGGAGCCACAUCUCUCUGCUUCGUAUAUCCUCUUGAUUUUGCCAGAACCAGGUUGGCUGCUGAUGUUGGUAAAGGAGCCGGUGAACGUGAGUUCAGUGGAUUGGGCAACUGUUUAGUUAAAAUUUUCAAAGCUGAUGGUUUGGGAGGUUUAUACCGUGGUUUUGGUGUAUCUGUACAAGGUAUCAUCAUUUACCGUGCCGCUUUCUUCGGUUUCUAUGAUACUGCUAAAGGUAUUUUACCUGAUCCUAAGAACACACCUAUCAUCAUUUCAUGGGCUAUUGCACAGACUGUCACCACUGUUGCCGGAAUUAUCUCGUAUCCCUUCGACACUGUACGUAGGCGUAUGAUGAUGCAAUCUGGACGCAAGAAGGCCGAAGUUGUCUACAGAAGCACAGCUCACUGUUGGGCCACCAUUGCCAAGACUGAAGGAGCCGGCGCCUUCUUCAAGGGAGCCUUCUCCAACAUCCUUCGUGGUACUGGUGGAGCCAUUGUACUGGUUAUGUACGACGAAAUUAAGAAUUUAAUAAUGUAAAUUUUUGUUUUUCAUUAAUUCAGAGAUCGCGUAAUUUUAUCUACACUCCACUUUAGGAAAAUAUUAGCAAAA